GGUCGGCAGUCGGGGAUGGCAGAGUUCAAACUCAGAGCAGCAUUGUACUGCGGAGGGGACGGAGAGUUCACCAGCAAACUCUGUCUGUUUGGAACACCAUCCCCAUGCGCCUACCCCCAGAAGGAAACAUGGAACCUGAAGCCCUCGAUCAAGGUUUAUUCAGGGGGACCGAACAAUGUCGACAUAAUCUGCCGACUUCAAGAAAAACUUCCUGUUGUUCUCCAAAAUAUUCCCAAACCCGGCUGAAUAAAACAUUGGACACAGACAGUGGAAUUUUAAGUUCCUACAGUAGCAGAUCAAGUUCUGAAAUUUACAGUAUGGGCAAAGGGACAUCUUCCAGUGCCAUUGGUGAGAAUAUCUGUGCUUCAGAUCGAUAUGGUAUUCAUUUGGAGAGGGAUCUGCAGUUAAAUUUAUUGGAGUCUGAAAGCAGGAGAUGUGCUCUUACUGACAGUCUUAAAACAGCUUGCUGUGCAUUAAAAAACCAGCGUGAGCAGAUGAGUAAGAAGAAUAUGGAAGUGAUUAAUCACAGCGCAAUAAUUGACAAGAUGAUCUUAAAACAAAAGCUUUUAGAAACUAAGGUGAAGCUACUUCACAAGGAGGAGGUGACACAGAAGGGACUUAAACUGGAUGAAGCUGAAAGAGAGAGAGAAUUCCAGGACAGGAUCUGGUGCUUAGAAGAGGAAAUUGAAAAUAUGAAUCUCAAACUGGAACAAAUGGCUCUGAAGAAAAGAACUACUACUUUGUCUCCGGUUUCCUGCUACCUGGGGGAUGGAAGAAAUGAGGCUGAAGAACAGCCACCAAACUGCCUGCAGAUCCUGAAUGGCUCACUGAAUCACUAUCAAGGGAGAGACUGGAAUCCCCAGGGAGAGAAUGAAGGAGCAAAUCCGGGCAGUUGUGUCUACGAAGGAGAUCUCCAAGAGCUCCCCUCUUGCCUUGUCAGUGCUGAAACAGGAAAAGCAGCAAUUGAGACCCAAAUGGCUGACCUCCACUCUGAACUAUUCCAAACUAAAUGUGAGAGCUUUGGAUUGAAAAAGCAAUACCUCGAGUCUGAAUCACAGCUAACUGCUAAUAGAAAUAUAAACGAAAGCCUUUUGUUGGAAAUAACAAGAUUGAAACAAAGCUUGCAGGCUUCAGAACAACAAAUCCUGAAACUGCAGAGCGAAAAGACAAUUUUAACUUCACGUCUGAAGACCCUAGAAUGUGAACGGCAACAGAUAUUCAAUCAAAAAGAACUUUUGCUGAAAACAUUGAAAAGAUUGAAAUGUCACAAGCAUGAAGAUUCUUUGUUCCAAAUUAAUUCUGAUGACAGGUAAUGUUACUCACGUUGGUCAUUGAGUGGGGAACAAAGAGUUAUAGUCUCAGGCUUCUCAUUGAAAGGGAAUGUCAGUAGGAUUUUUUUCAUGUAGAGGCUUCUUAGACAAAAGAACAUUUUAACAUAGUGACUACUGAAGCAGAGUCUAUAACAUCACUUCAAAGGGAAUUGGCUCAAGCAGAAAAGAAAAGGACACAGGGAAAUGGGAUUUGAGUGGGUAACUCUGACACAGUCAAUGAGGCAAAUAAUCUCUUUCUGUUCUGC